AUGGCACAAACACAAACCCUCUCCGAGAAGGAGACGGCGACGAGAACACCCCAGCCAGGUCUCACCAUCACGGGGACCGGGGACUCGCAGCAGGACGCGGCGCAACCCAACGCACCACCACCUCCUCCUCCCAACGGCGGGUACGGCUGGGUCUGCUGCGCCUGUGUAGCCGUUGUUAACGCCCACACGUGGGGUCUCAACUCCUCUUACGGCGUCUUCCUGGCCUACUACCUCGCCAACGAUCUCUACCCGGGCGCCACCUCGCUCCAGUAUGCCUUUGUCGGCUCCCUGUCCAUCUCGUGCGCCCUGCUCACGUCGCCCCUGGCCACGAUUGGCGUGCGCACCAUGGGCACCAAGCCCACCAUGAUGCUGGGCGUCGUGCUCGAGGCGGCGAGUCUCAUCUGCGCCAGCUUUGCCAACGAGAUAUGGCACCUCUUCCUCACGCAAGGCGUCAUGUUCGGCGUGGGCAUGGGAUUCCUCUUCGUCGCCAGCGUGCCCAUUGUGCCACAGUGGUUCUCGACUCGCCGGUCGCUCGCCAACGGCGUCUCGACGUCCGGCUCUGGCCUGGGCGGGCUCAUCUACUCCUUCGCCACGGGCGCCAUGCUGCAGAGCCUGGGGCUGGCUUGGACAUUUCGUGUCCUGGGUAUCGUGGCCUUUGUGGUCAACACGAUCUGCACGAUCCUCGUCAAGGACCGCAACAAGAUCCUCAACGCCACGCAGCUGGCUUUCGACGUUAAGCUGUUCAAACGACCAGAAUACCUCCUCCUGCUCGGCUACGGAUUCUUCAGCAUGCUGGCGUAUGUGGUCAUGAUCUUCUCGCUGGCCAACUACGCCAACUACAUUGGUCUCGGCGCCUCGCAGGCCGCGCUGGUGUCGGCCAUGUACAACAUGGGUCAGGGGUUGGGUCGCCCGCUGGUCGGUUACUUCAGUGACCGCACAGGAAGGAUCACCAUGGCCUCUUUCAUGACACUCGUGGCGGGCAUCUUGUCCCUGGCCAUCUGGAUCCCCGCCAAGCACUACGCCACGCUCAUCGUCUUCGCCAUCCUGGGUGGCGGCGUUGGUGGCACGUUCUGGGUCACCAUCGGGCCCGUGACGGCCGAGGUCCUGGGGCUACGGCACGUAGCCUCUGGUCUCAACAUCCAGUGGCUCUUUAUCGCACUGCCCUGCGUCUUCAGCGAGCCGAUCGCCCUGCAGAUCGUGGAGGGUAGCGGCUCGUACCUCGGCACGCAGCUCUUCACCGGCUUCAUGUUCAUGACGGCGGCGGCGUGCACCUUUGUCUGCCGCGGAUGGAAGAUUGGCGAGCAGCAGGAGCUGGAGAGGCGGUACGGCGGGGGCGACGAGAUCGACGCUGACAAGAUUGCGUAUGAAGAGGAGGCCAGUGGUCACGGCAAGAAAGCCGGCCGCAAAAGAAUGCUCGUUGAUUGUCUGAGCUUUAAGAGAAAGGUGUAG